CAGCAGGGGGCGUGGUCAUGCUGCAGCACACACUGUUUUCAGGUUGUGAUCUGCACGGCGUGUGUGUUUGUGUGUGUGUGUGUGUGUUUUUGUGUGUGUGUGUGUGCAGACCCACGCCUCCACACUAGUGGUGUUUCUCCUCUUCUUCUUACUCUCCUCUCCCUCGGCCUCAGCAGCGGUUUACAACCUCAAACUUCUUCUUUUUUCAACAUGACGACGACAACUUUUACGCGGAGAGAAUCCGGACACUAGCUGCGACGAGCUGAACUGCAAAGUUCGUUUUUAGGGAGUAUAUUCUUUUUUUAAUAUUGUUUAUAAGACGAGGAAUCACAGUUUAAUUCUAAGGUCUAUUUAGAAAGUCUAGAAUAUCAACCUUUUUGUGCGUAAUAUCUCGUUUUUACUUUUGUGAGCUUUCAGGACCAAACAUCUGGUUCAGGACUCGUUCUUUCAGUCUUAGAGUUGAAGUUUUGUUCGGAGUUUUCCUAACUUUCCUCCAUACAUGAGUUCAGACCUACCGUCACCGGCCAAACCCUCCGCACCGUGCGUCUCAUCUCCUUCACGCGGAGCCAGUAAUUGGAGACCUCACUGUGCCACCCACUUUACGCGCGCUCUCACCCGCAGCAGCGAUGCAGCACGAGCGGCUGCUCAAGGUCCUGGUCAUCGGUGACCUCGGCGUCGGCAAAACGUCCAUCAUCAAGCGCUACGUGCACCAGGUCUUCUCCCAGCACUACCGCGCCACCAUCGGGGUGGACUUCGCCCUCAAGGUGCUCAACUGGGACCACAAGUCGGUGCUGCGGCUGCAGCUGUGGGACAUUGCCGGGCAGGAACGCUACGGCAACAUGACCCGCGUGUACUACCGAGAGGCCGUGGGGGCGCUCGUCGUCUUCGACAUGACCCGACUGUCCACGUUUCAGGCCGUCCUCAAGUGGAAAGGAGACCUGGACUCCAAGGUCGCUAUGGGCAACGGGCGGCCGGUUCCAGCCGUUCUAUUGGCCAACAAGAGUGACCAGCGUCGUCAAGGCCUCUGCCCCAAACUGCCCAAACUGGAGAACUUCUCCAGAGAGUACGGAUUCGUCGGCUGGUUUGAAACGUCUGCGAAGGACAACACCAACAUCGACGCCGCCAUCACGUGUUUGGUGAAAAGCAUCAUGUCUGUGGAGGAGGAACGAGUCACGAGCGAAGCCACCAGCGCGACGACCAAAAGCGAAGCCAUGGACAGCGUGGUUCUGCCGCACUUCGACUACAACCAGAAGGAGAAGGGACUGAGCGGGUGUUCCGGUUGCCCCUCGUCCAAAUCCAGAGACAGAGACAACGACUGACGCAGCGAACGAGGAGACAGGACGGAGACGGAGAGAGAGGACACCACUGCUGAAAUAUUAAUAUGUUGCAACUUAAAGUCGUCUCCUCUCCCUCUGCUUCCACAGAUUUUAUUUUUGUAACAGAAAUUAAGUUAAAAAAAUGUAUCCCAUCAUUCCCACUCAAAAAGGUCCUUUAUUUUGAAACAGCCAUGGUGAUGUUGUUUCUUUUAUAAACAGUUUUCGGACGUGAACUUUGGAAAGUGUCCAGAAUAUUGGGUCUGGAUAUUAUCUGGAGUUAGUGUUUCUCAUGUGAAGCGGCAGCAGGAGAUUGUCCGGGUCAGACUCUUAUCACCAAAAGCUCUGGAUUCUCCUCGUCUGUCCAGGUUGACGUCUUCGUCUUCUACGUGUACGGCUCCUCUUCCUCAUCCUGAGAUGUCUGGAUUCUUCCGGUUUCACAUGAUCAUGAUGUGAUUGGGUAGUUUCACCUCCUGACAGGAUGACAUCACGUUCUUCAAUGGGAAACAACUUCAUUUAAGUUGUACUAAUACAAUUAACUAGAAUUUGAAAAAACUCAAUUCCUAUGUGUGUUCCCCAUUGAAGACAUUUUUUUAAGUUGGUCCAACAAUUGUCUUUUUUACAGUGUAGGCCUGCGCUUUAUCUGAUUUUCAUUUAUUCUUUAGGCAGCGAUCAGGAGAUGAUUUUCUUCGUCCAUGAUGGUCAGCGCAGCUCAGGUCAAAGGUCAACGCAUUAGAGCAUUCAGUGCACGCCCCCGCAUUCCCUCAGGAGUCCACACAGAGGCGCCGCAAUGCACCAGACACAUGAGGAGAUCCGCGUGAAAACAUGUCGGGUCCGUUUAUUCCACACAUAUAAUAAAAAUGUGUUCACAGUGGUUUGAAAGUGGAUUAAUGUCGUGUUAUAGCACUUUGUGUGUAUGAAUAUCUUCAGGUGGCUUGUGAAUCAUUCAGUCUGUGUGUUAGUUUUUGCUGCAGCUUCCUUUUCUCUUGACAUAAAGCUUUGGCUUUUUAAAACUC